GAUAUAGUGAAUGCAGGGUCCGGGAGAGACCAGAGCGGAUAUAGUAUAGUGAAUGCAGGGUCCGGGGAGACCGCAGGGUAUAUAGUGAAUGCAGGGUCCGGGGAGACCGGAUAUAGUGAAUGCAGGGUCCGGGGAGACCAGAUAUAGUGAAUGCAGGGUCCGGGGAGACCAGAUAUAGAAUGAAUGCAGGGUCCGGGGAGACCAGAUAUAGUGAAUGCAGGGUCCGGGGAGACCAGAUAUAGUGAAUGCAGGGUCCUGGGGAGGGACUCGGAAAAAAUGCCGUGUUAUUGGUAUUGACAGAUUGUAG